AUGGACGACGGCGAUCCUUCCCUGUCCGAUAAAGAGGAGGAGAACGAUGAGGAAGACGUGGCGGACAUUCUGUCGCGAAUUCCAAUCGUCGAUGCUCCCAUACUCAUAUUCGUUUGCUUCCACAAGGCUUUUCGCUCUGAACUUGAUCACCUUCGUCGCUUGGCGGAGACGGCGUCGUUGGAGGAUGAGCCACGCCGUUGCCGACAAUAUAUCCUCCAGCUUCAACGCAGGUUCCAGUUUCUGAAACUAGCUCUUAGUUAUCACUGUGCUGCGGAAGACGAGGUUAUCUUUCUUGCACUGGAUGCUCAUGUGAAAAAUGUCAUCUGUACAUAUUCCCUUGAACAUAACAGCACCUCUGAUCUUUUUGGGUCUGUUUUUCACUUCUUGGAUGAGCUGAUGGUUCCUAAAGAGAAUAUUUCCAUGCUGUUCCAAGAACUUGUGUGCUCUAUUGGCAUAUUGCAAACCUACAUCUACCAACAUAUGCUGAAAGAAGAAGAGCAGGUUUUUCCCCUGUUGGUGCAGAAAUUAUCUACUGAAGAACAGGCCUCACUUGUGUGGCAAUUCAUAUGUAGUGUUCCUAUAAUGUUGCUGGAGGAAGUUUUGCCAUGGAUGGUAUCCUUCCUUUCUGCAAGCAAAAAAUCAGAAGUUACUCAGUGUUUAAAUGAAAUUGCACCAAUGGAAAAAACACUGCAAGAGGUUUUGCUUUAUUGGCUUAGAAGCAGCCAACAAACCUUUACUGAGACUUGUUUACAGAGAGGAGAAUUUCAAGGUGUUGAUGGUUUCCUACAUAUAGAAAGAUCACUAGAGCUGAGUUAUAAUAGGACAACCGAAGAAAUUUUAAGUCUGAUGAAAGUGAGUGGCCGAGACAUAGAUGAGGCCAACCAGGUUAAUGUCCUUCAUCUUUGGCAUAAUGCCAUCAAGAAAGAUUUGAAGGAAAUUCUGAAAGAACUUCAUUUACUAAGAAAAUCCAGCUGUUUUCAGAAUUUAGACUCAAUACUUAUCCAACUAAAAUUCUUUGCCGACGUCCUCAUCUUCUACAGCAAUGCUCAGAAGAAAUUCUUUCAUCCUGUACUGAGUAAAUAUGCUUAUGGCUGGUUGUCCAAGUCUAUUGAACAAUUUCUUGGUGAAAGUAACAUUGAAGAUAUACAACAUUUGCUAUUCUAUAACUCAGAAAGUGAGCCAUUGAGCAAGUUCGUAGAAAAGCUUUGCCAAAAACUUGAAUCAUUUGUAUCAGGAGUCAACAAACAAUUUGCUUUUCAAGAAAAUGAGAAAGAACUGCAGAAAUGGAAUGCAAGAGAGACUUCUAAGCUUGAGCCUACAUAUGAUGCCUCUGGGGAAGCUCAUGGAUUUUCUUUCUUAAAUUCUGCAAAGCAGCCUCAUAAAGUCUCUGACCAGAAUUCUUUGUCCUGUUCCUCCUCUUCUGGACCCAGUAAUGUAAAGAAGUAUGAGAUACCGUACUCCACAGGAAUUAAUCUGCACAUAUUUUUUCCUGACGCAAUUGGGAAGUUACAUCAGUAUCCUGCAUUAUAUGGAGCAGAACGAUCUUCUAUUUCCUUUCUUGAUGAUCCGAAACCAAUUGACCUAAUAUUUUUCUUUCACAAAGCAAUCAAGAAAGAUUUGGAGUUCCUAGUUCUUGGCUCAGCCCAAUUAGAAAAAAAUGAUAUGUUGCUUAUGGAUUUCCAAAAACGAUUCCAUCUCAUAUAUUUUCUUCAUCAAAUCCAUAGUGAUGCAGAGGAUGAGAUAGUAUUUCCAGCCUUGGAGGCAAGAGGUAAACUAAAAAACAUUAGCCAUGCCUACACUUUUGAUCACAAACAUGAAGUUGAACACUUGAAUAAAAUAUCUCGCAUCCUUGAUAAGAUUUCUGGAUUAAAUCUUUCAGUUUCUACAAUUGAUUCAAAUACAAAACAGAAGGGACUGCCAAGGUAUCAGCAUCUAUGCAGGAAGCUACUAGAAAUGUGCAAAUCAAUGCACACAUCACUUUCCAGUCAUAUAAACCGCGAGGAAAUAGAAAUUUGGCCUAUAAUUAGAAACUUCUUCACAAGUCAGGAACAAGGGAAGAUCAUAGGAUGCAUGCUUGGAAGAAUAAGAGCCGAAAUAUUACAAGAUAUGAUACCUUGGCUAAUGGCAUCUUUGACACAGGAAGAGCAACAUGUUUUAAUGUUCUUAUGGUCCAUGGCUACUAAAAAUACCAUGUUCGAUGAAUGGUUAGGUGAAUGGUGGGAUGGGUACAGUUUAGCUAAGGUAAAAGAGAGCUCAAAUGAUGCUCCUCUUCAGCCUGUUGAGCCACUGGAGAUUAUAUCCAAAUAUUUAUCUGAAGAAUUUCUAAAUGAAUUACAAGAAGAAUCAUCUGCCAACAAAAGCAUAAUUUUUUUGGAAAAUGAUCGUAUUGGUAAUAAUGUUGAGCUAUCUAACUACAACCUCAAUGAUGAAGUUAAGGUUCAUAAUGCAGAACAAAAUAAUAAUCAAUGUUCAAAAUGCAAAAGUCAAUUUCAUGACAACAAACAUGCUUGCAAUGAGGCAGCAGAUAUCAUAAAUCCGGUAAUCAAUGAAGGUAAGUCUUCUCAACUCUGUGACAAGUCUGGGCGUUAUGACCGACUUCUGAAAUUAAGCCAAGAUGAUUUGGAGACGGUGAUAAGAAGGGUGUCUCGUGACUCUAGCUUAGAUCCUCAGAAAAAGUCGUACAUAAUACAGAACCUACUGAUGAGCCGUUGGAUUAUUAGACAGCAGAUCUCUUCUACAGAAGUCAGUAUAAAAAAUGAUGAACCGGAAUUUCCUGGAAAGCAUCCAUCUUACAGGGAUCCUCUCAAACUAAUCUACGGUUGUAAACACUACAAGAGGAACUGUAAACUUUUUGCUCCAUGUUGCAACCAACUUCAUACCUGCAUACAUUGUCAUAACGAGGAAUCAGAUCAUUCAAUAGAUAGAAAAUCUAUUACAAAGAUGAUGUGUAUGAAGUGCUUGAUGAUUCAACCAAUCGGGGCCACAUGCUCAACAAGUUAUUGUAAUUUAUCGAUGGGAAAAUAUUACUGCAGAAUCUGCAAAUUAUUUGAUGAUGAAAGGGAAAUUUACCAUUGUCCUUACUGUAACAUUUGCCGAGUUGGAAAGGGUUUGGGUGUUGACUACUUUCACUGUAUGAAUUGCAAUGCUUGUAUGUCUCGUUCUCUUAUGAUGCAUACUUGCAGAGAGAAACAUUUAGAGGACAACUGUCCAAUUUGUCAUGAAUAUAUCUUCACAUCCUGCUCUCCGGUAAAAGCCCUCCCAUGUGGCCAUGUGAUGCACUCAACAUGUUUUCAGGAAUAUACAUGCUUUAAUUAUACCUGCCCAAUAUGUAGCAAGUCACUUGGAGACAUGCAGGUAUAUUUUAGGAUGUUAGAUGCGUUAUUGGCUGAAGAGAGAAUUUCUGAUGAGAUUUCAGGUCAAACUCAGGUUAUAUUAUGUAAUGACUGUGAAAAGAAAGGAGCGACCCCCUUCCACUGGCUCUACCACAAAUGCCCUAGCUGUGGUUCCUACAACACUAGAGUUCUAUGA